AUGGUGAACUAUAACAUGGAUGGUCCAGCCAGGGAUCGAGUGAUGAGACUAAUGGAAGAAAAAGAUAGAAUCGAAAGUGAAAUUCGCGCUGAAACUGCAGUCCUGGUGGUCAAUAAUGUUGGUAUGGAUGACCCCUUGGUAGAUAUUGAUGGCUUCCCACGGGCUGAUAUUGACGUAUAUAAAGUGAGACAUGCGCGCCAUCGUAUUAUAUGCCUCCAAAAUGACCACAAAUCAUUAAUGAAAAUGAUAGAAGAGGGCCUUAAUGAAGCGCAUUUGAACUUUCAAAGGGGGAAUAAUAAUUUACCUGCGGCAAGGGAAAGAUCUCCAACUAAAAUGACUAAUGGUCAUGCAUUUAAUUUUCCUAAUACACAAAGAAGUGAAGCUCCGAGUUUCGCUGUUAUUGAACAUGUUCAGGAUGGCUCUCCAGCAGAUAUAGCUGGUUUGAGGCAAAACGAUCAGUUGCUUCAAUUCGGAUCAAUAAACCACAAUAACUUCUCCAAUGUAAAUCAGAUCAACAGUAUUGUCCAACAUUCAGUGGGUCAGAGGAUCCAAAUCUUGGUGAGGAGGAAUCAGACAAUUCUGUCCCUUGCUGUUGUACCAAAGCGUUGGGAGCAGCCAGGCUUACUUGGCUGCCAUAUUACCAGGCUCCCCGCA